AUGUCGAGCGAUGGCGAACCAACCGUCGCCGUGAAGCUGUUCAUCGACAAGGAGAAGAAAAAGGUGCUGUUUGCGGAAUCCAACAAGGACUUCGUCGACGUCCUCUUCAGCUUCCUCACCCUGCCUCUUGGCACCAUCGUCCGUCUCUUCGACAAGCAGUCGCAGGUAGGAUGCCUCGACGAGCUGUACAAGAGCGUGGAGGUCCUCGGCCCGGACCACUUCCAGACCAAGGCGUGCAAGGCCAUGCUUCUAAGCCCCCUCAAUGCUGCAGCAAUCCGUUGCAAUCGGCUUAAAGUGAAAGUUGUCGACAAAAACCUAAUGUAUCGCUGCAAAAAUACUAGCUGCGGACAUUCAACAUUCAGCUCUGUCCCUGAUGCUAUUUGCAGUUGUGGACAUGUUUUCAUCGUAACGGAUGAUCUCCAAGUUGCUCCUGCCUCCACAAGAGUAAUGUUUUCCCUGAUUGAAAAAUACGGUAUACCGGAAAAAGUGAACAUUCAGGAGAAGGUGCUCCAGCUCAAUUCUGCCAAGAUGAUUGGUUUAUUCAGGAGAGCGCUGCUGACGAAGCAAGUCUUAACCGGACUUUAUUUUGAUGUUGCUAUCCCGCCAAAUGCUGCAGACAUGUGUGUGCUCCCUGACAAUAUGUUUGCAAAACAGGCACUUGAGACCGAUCCCAAAUUCAAAGCCAUCAAGAUAAGGCUUGUUCAUGCAAAGGAUGAUUCAGUGCUGUAUGCUGAAGUUGGGCAAGAUUUCGUUGAUAUAGUCUUUGGAAUCCUCACCACUCCACUUGGAACCAUGCUCAAGACUUUCACCGAGUUACCUCGGAUCGGAUGUAUUGGUAGUAUCUACAAGAGUGUAGUUGCAAGUGUGAAACAGGAAUGUCAAGGCUUACUCCUGUCCCCAAAUCUAGCCCCCUUCUUUGGGUGCAGUAGUAAUGUGCUGCAAGUAGAAGAAUUAGUUCGUCGAUGCCUUUGGAUUGGAUCCACUUGCUGUAUUGAGCUAAACCCCAAAUCCACUAGUGAUAGAGCCUAUAUCAAGGGUGGGCCCAUGAACUUCAUGGUGACCGACGACCUCCAGGUCCGCCCAUUCUGCUUGAUCAACACCCUCGAGUUCCUGCGCGCAUCCAAGAUUCCCAAGGACAAGCUUGUGGAGAAAGAACUCACGCUCAACAAAACCCAGGUUAUGAAGCUUGUGGGACCUGCAUUUGGGACGAGCAAAGCACUCAGCAGCGUGCUCAUGCCUUGUAAGAAGUAGCGGGCGUUACCUCAGGCGGCCGGGCCAUGGCAUCCACUGGUCGAUGUUAAGCCCGGAGAUGCAGAAAUAUUGCUAGAAGUUUCCUUUCUCGAUGUUUUACUUUUGUUUGUUGCAAACUGAUUCUUUAGUUUGCUGCCAUCCAUUGAGCAUCAUGUUGGAGGCGAAAAUGUCCUACUCAUCGAGCUUGAAAUGAAUUUAAAUAUUUAAUCAUCCUUUCUAUAUCAGACUGCGUGUAGAUCAACGAACAAGCUAGUCAGCAACAAGGGGCAAGAGAAACCAAAUUGGUUGCAGCAGCUUGAAACUGAAGCAAUCACAGGCCAAAACAAGUGCAGCUGUCUGUUAGCUUGGUUACAGUUCGGAAUAAAUCAUUAUAAUUACUCA